GUCUUACAGGCCGCUAGCUAAGGCGACCGCAAAUGCUGUGUGCGCUGCACGUUUGCUCUUUCACGCCGUCGACAUACAUUUUAAGCAUCCAUUCAAAGCCUGCGUAGCGCUGUGGAAGCAUAAGCUGCGUAGCGCCUCUCAGCUUCAAAAGGCAAAACCAACAGCAUUACAGCACCAGCCCCGACGCCGUCGCCGCGCUUCAAAAGGCAAAACCAACCGCAUUACAGCAAACCCAGACGCCGUCGACGCUAAAACAAGAAAAUGCCGAGCGCCUUGGAAUUAGCCGGCAGCGCCCACCGCGCGACGAGCCCAGCCUUCAAGCUCCACGCCAUGUUAGCAUGUCUACAAAUCGCGCUCGUGACCUGGAUUUGUAGGGCCGCGGACAUCUGGCGCAGCAAGCGCACGUCCGAACAGUUCCCGGGCCACCUGGGGCCUUCCGUCUUCAUCGCGGCCAUCGGCGUCAGCGCGCUGACGGCGGAGUGGCCGUGGCGGACGCGGGCCGCGAUCGAGGGCAAGCUCUCGAUGUGGGGCGGCGGCUCCUACGUCGCGGGCGAGGCUGUGAAUAGAUUGCUCGAGGGCGUGCACUCUCAAAGUGCUCUCAAACAUUAUUUGAGACACGGGCUGCACGCGUGGAUGUCGCUCUUCGUUUUUUGUUUGGGAUUGGCCUUCCUCCAGGCGUCCAAGCUCGAGGGCGCGGCGGGAGCGCGGCUGGCCCGCGCGCCGCACGCGUGGUUCGCGAGCGCGUUGGUUUUCGGCGUCCCUUGUCCUAUCAGUACGCCAUUGCCGCGACUCGAGUAUCACACAGGUGGGGCUGGUUCAUCUGGGCGCACAAGCAGCCGAACAACUUCGGCGUGGCGAUGCACGCCUGCACGUCGAUCUGGAUCGCCAUGGGCGCGCUGCUGCGCGUGUUUGGGGAGCGGAACCGGCCGCCGCGCGAGGCCGGCGCGUGCUACGUCUUCGCGGCCUACGCGUUCUUCGGCGGGCAGAUGGGCCUGACGCUCACGGCCGAGGCGUCGCACGUCGACGUGGGCGCCUACGUCGUGAUCUGGCACAUCCUGCCCUGCUGCUGGCUCCUGGCGUACGUCCGGCUCUUCCUCGCGCGCGCGCCGGCGGACGGCUACGGCGCCGUGGCUACUUUGGACGACGAGGCGCCGGGGAUUGAUCCGGACGACCGACCCGCGUCCCGGGGAUCGAUCAUGCUCUAGGUAUCUUAAUCUGAAUUCGAUCAUGAUCUAAUUACUCGCGGCCGCGGCGACCGCGUCGAGGGGCGCCAGGACC